ACCCUUGGGGCAGUGGUGAGCAGCUGGGCCCUGGGGGGACUGCAGUCGCACUGCACGCACUCUUGGGGAGCAGUGGUGGUGGCCCCUUGCGGAGUCAGCAUUUGAAGAUCUUACCCUUGGGCUUAAAGCCAGGAUGCGGGAAAUUGUGCAUAUUCAGAUCGGCCAGUGUGGCAACCAGAUUGGAACUAAGUUCUGGGAGAUGAUCGGCGAGGAACAUGGCAUCGACUGUGCAGGGCAUGACCACGGGGCCUCCGCCCUGCAGCUGGAGAGGAUCAGCGUGUACUACAACGAAGCCUACGGUAAGAAGUACGUGCCCCGAGCCGUGCUGGUGGACCUAGAGCCUGGGACAAUGGACAGCAUCCGGUCCAGCAAAUUAGGAGCCCUCUUCCAACCAGACAGUUUUGUUCACGGGAACUCUGGGGCUGGCAACAACUGGGCCAAGGGCCACUACACCGAGGGCGCAGAGCUCAUAGAAGCCGUCAUGGACGUGGUUAGGAGCGAGAGUGAGAGCUGCGACUGCCUGCAGGGCUUCCAAGUGGUCCACUCCUUGGGCGGGGGCACGGGCUCUGGCAUGGGCACACUGCUAAUGAACAAGAUCAGGGAGGAGUACCCGGACCGCAUCCUCAACUCCUUCAGUGUCAUGCCCUCGCCCAAGGUGUCUGACACAGUGGUGGAACCCUACAAUGCUGUGCUGUCCAUCCACCAGCUGAUUGAGAACACAGAUGCCUGCUUCUGCAUCGACAAUGAGGCGCUCUAUGACAUCUGUUUCCGCACCCUGAAGCUGACGACGCCCACCUAUGGGGAUCUCAACCACCUGGUGUCCUUGACCAUGAGUGGCAUCACCACCUCACUGCGAUUCCCUGGCCAGCUCAAUGCAGACCUGCGCAAGCUGGCAGUGAACAUGGUGCCCUUCCCUCGCCUGCACUUCUUCAUGCCUGGCUUUGCCCCUCUUACUGCCCAGGGCAGCCAGCAGUACCGGGCCCUCUCUGUGGCUGAGCUCACCCAGCAGAUGUUUGAUGCCCGUAAUACCAUGGCUGCCUGUGACCCGCGCCGUGGCCGCUACCUGACUGUGGCCUGCAUCUUCCGGGGAAAGAUGUCCACCAAAGAAGUGGACCAACAGCUGCUGUCUGUGCAGACGAGGAACAGCAGCUGUUUCGUGGAGUGGAUCCCUAACAAUGUCAAGGUAGCCGUCUGUGACAUCCCACCCCGGGGGUUGAACAUGGCAGCCACCUUCAUAGGCAACAAUACAGCCAUCCAAGAGCUCUUCAACAGGGUUUCGGAGCACUUCUCAGCCAUGUUCAAAAGGAGAGCUUUUGUGCACUGGUACACCAGUGAAGGGAUGGAUGUAAGUGAAUUUAGGGAUGCUGAAAAUAAUAUCCAGGAUCUGGUGUCCGAGUACCAACAAUUUCAAGAUGCCAAAGCUGAUCUGGAGGAAAACAAAGAGGUUGUGGAGGAGGCUCAGAGGGAAGUGUGAGGGACCUGGUUUGGGUCUGCCCAGCAGCACUUAGAACCUGCUCUGUGCUGUAGCCCUGUUGGCAAGGUGGGACCAGGGGAGGGGGGAUGGUGAUUACUAACCACAUGGCUUUGACCUGCACUGCACACCCCACUAACUUCGCUUUGUAACAGCCAAGUGGAUUUACUGUGAACCAUU